AUGAUCUUGCUCCUCUUCUUGUUCGGUCUGACUCUGGGUGCUCCUUCUGAGUCUCCUUCUGAGGACCAUAAAGUGAAAUUACUGCGUGGAAACUGUCCGAUGUUCUGGUGGAACUUCAAUGGCCGCUGCUACAAAUAUGUGGCCACACGCAUGACCUGGGCUGAUGCAGAGCUCUACUGUGUGUCACAGCGAGCCAACCUGGUGUCUAUCUACAGUGAGGAGGAAGAAAAUUUUGUCAGAUCCUUCAUCAAGAACUUUGACCACACUGAGGAACGCACCUGGAUUGGACUCAGUGACCUCCAUAAAGAAGGCAGAUGGAUGUGGUCUGAUGGUUGUGCAGUGAGUUUCACCUACUGGAGUCCAAAACAACCAGAUAACUGGCAAGGAAUCGAACACUGUGGUCACAACAACUUUGAGACAAAUAAUAAGAAGUGGAAUGAUGUACCGUGUUCUGUAACUUAUACCUCUGUUUGUGCUACUCGUGUAGCUUGCCCAUAG